AUGGGUUGCUGCGCAGCAAAUAAUAAUUAUAGUUAACAAUUGCACCUUAUCCGAUAUUAAUCUUUUACAGAAAAUGAUAAGAAUUAUCCAUAAAUUUUGUUAGAAUAAUUUAAAAAUCAGCUUAAUGAGUUAACAAUCAUAAAGGAAGAAAUGAAAAAAUUUUUAACCACUUCUGAUUUUAGUGAGGAGGAUUAUUUAAUUACAUGCAAGAAUUUCUUUGACGGAUAUUUUACUUUAUUAAAAACUUAUCAUAAAUAAAAAACAAUAGAGGAUUCAAUAAUAAUUGAAAAAAUAGGGGUAAUGCGUGAAUUUAUCUCUAAUCUUGAAAUUGAUAUAAAAUCAGAAAAUGGAGAAUUUGAAAGAUGGUAAUCCGAAUUCUUGGUUAACUUAAAUUGUCUCGAACAAGAAUCAGGAGAACUAGGUGAAUUUUAUAUAAUAGCAAAAAGUGAGCAAAAUUUAAUUAAAAUAAUUUCCGUUUUGGAUAAAUUUGAUGAUAAAAUUUUAAUUUUUCAUUAGGCCUGGCUCUAAGUUUAAAUAUAAGAAUUACGAGAGAGAUUAUUUAAACAUAAUGAAUAGAUGAUAGUAAAUUAUUCGAAUUAUUUAAUUAACUAUCUAAAAAAUGGAAAUUAAAAAAAUUUGUAUAAAAACUUGUAGGAUUAAGAAAAGCUAUGUGAAAUAAAAAAAAUAGAACAAUUAGGUUAUAGAUUAGCAUAAUAGUUAUUGUAUUUAAGAGAAAAUUAAUUUGAUGUUUUGUUCAAAUCUGAAUUUUUAGAUAUGGCAUCUCAACUAUAAAAAAGUUUUACUUAGGAUUAUGAAAAAUAUAUAAUUCAACCAAUGAUUUAAUUGAUGGAUGAAUUCUUAAUUUAAGAAGAAAUUUAAUUAUCAUCUUUGACUAUAUUAUUAGAGGCAUUUGAAUUAGUGAAAAUGGAGAUUUUUGAUUAAGAGUUUUAUUGUUUUCAUAUUCAUUAAGCAGAAUUUAGUAUAAAUAAUAUGAAAGAUAUGCAUAAAAAUUUUAAUAAAUCAUUUACAAAAUAUUAAAUGUAAUACUUAACAAAGUAAAAAUAAAACUUAGAUAAUGCUUUAUAAAUUUUUGAACCUUAUUAUCAUUUAUCAAUGAAAAAGAUUUCUUUAAAGAUAGCAGAAUAAAUAAAUUAAUAUUUUUCUAGGUUGGAAUGCAUAACAUUAAUAUUAAAUGCUUAGAAAAGGAGAGAAUAAAAGUUAUCAGUAUUUAUUUAAAAUUAUGGAUAAAGAUGUACAUAAGAUUUGGUAGAACUUUAAAAGAAUUCAAAUAAAUUUUUAGAUUUAAAAGGUCUGAAAUUGCAUUAAACUAGUGAUCAAAUAACAGAAAUGAUAAAAAAUUAUUAAUUGUGUUUUUCUAAAAUGCAAUAGACUUACUUAUGUAAUUUAGGAUAAUUAAUAACUUAAGAAACAGACGAGAUUGGUUCAUUGGGAGAAGAUAAAAGUUAGGAAUAAAAGAAAAGAAUAGAUUAAUUGAUGUAAAACAUAGACAAAGGUCUUUUAAAUGCGAAGUGUUUAAUGAUAAAAACAGAUGAUACUGUUUUAAUUGAAAAAUAAUUAAUUAUGGCACUUGAUAAAUUUAUAUAUAAUAAAGAUUAAAAGAAGAGAGUAUCAUAGUUGAGUGAUUAUGCUUUAAAAUAAAAGUAAUAAAUAAAAUCAACUACAGCAUUAAAUUCACCGAAUUCUGAAACAAAUAUUAGUAAAUAGAUUAGAUAGAGUACUCCAAAAAGUGUUAUUGUAACAACAUCUAAUAAUAAUAAUUAAGAAUUGGAACCAUGGGCAAAAUUAAAGAGAAUACCAUUAAAAAUAAUUAGUUAAUGUGGAAAAUGUGAUAACUAUGCUGCUUAUUAAGUUAAACAUGAACUAUGUUAAACUGAUUAUUUUUUAGAUAUGAAUGGAUUUGUAAGAUGCUCUAAAAGAUUAAUAUCGUCUCCAAAAGAGAAAUCUUGUAAAUUAAAACAUAUUACUGAUUAAAAAUUUGUUUGUCCAUACUGCAAAUAAAAAUUUGAAUUAAAUAAAUUUGAUAAGUUCAUAUAAGCAAUAAUAAAAGGUUUGGAUUAUGGCAAUUUACCAUUUGAAUCUAAAGAUAUCUUAUUAUUUUUUAGGAGAGUUUAUGAAGAGUUUUCAAAAAUCUAUUAUAAUUACUUAGUUAUUUAAAUGAAGACACAUUCCGAAUCUCCAAUUUGA